AUGGGUGAGCCCAUCGAUGUUUAUUCCACAUUUUUCGGAGUUUCCGUCCUCAUGCUCGUUGUCCUGUUCGUAAUUCCAUUUGCAACAAAAUUCGGACGAAGCGAGGAGGAGGCGGAGGAUGAGGAGGCGGAGCUGCUGUACGAAGAAGUCGAAGAUGAUGAGGAGGACCUCUUCGAGCCAGAAGAAGCGGAAGCGAGCCAGGACCUGAGGAAGGGACUGACGACAAAGUUGUCGCAAAAGCUGAGAAGGCCAGCGUUGGCAGUGUUAGCGAAAACGCCGGACCAGGUUGCAGUGUCGGAAGCCAGGUCACGAUUGGCAUUCAGACUCCGCCCUAUACGAAUCAUGGUUCUGGACUUGUGUCCGGAGCGAUAUGAUGGUGGCAAGGAACACCUCCUCUGGCACCCGGAGGACGAGGAGACACAGCGGCGGCGCUGGCUGGCCCCCGAUGCACCGAAGCCAGUUCCAGUCAAGGUGCCCAAGGCCGUCCCAGGGGCCACGACCGUCACGCCAGCCAGCUCGGAGCAUACAAGGCGCACAAUGGCGGCUUCCUUCUCCUAUGUUGUCGGCCAAGGCCCAGGCGGCUUUAACACCUACACCAACACGAUCCCAAAGCCGGCCGUGAAGGUGUCAAACAUGGGUGCCUCGAUUCUCGACCGCAGCCGUUGCGCUGCAUUCCCGCACACAGCAUACACAGCCCAACAUCCAGCCGUGCGCGUGAGGGCAGUCUGCCAAGCAGCCCCUCCAGUCACGGUCUACGUCGUCCACCCGCCGGUUUAUGUGCAAGCUCGAGCUGCUCCGCUUCACGUCCACUCAAUGAGCCGUGAGACGUCCUUUUUCGGAGGAAUUCGUCCGAUCGUGUACUCCGCCGUAUAUGUUAGCAAUCGCUUCAUUCUUCCGCCACGGGCGCUCGUACGGGCCUAG